AUGUCUGUGCUGGACGACACCGCUGUAGUGUACAGACCGCAAAGAGGUCCCCCAAGUUAUUUCACUUUGCACCCAGAAUGCAACGGAAGAAUGGAGAUAAUGAGUUCCGGCGGUACUUUGGAGGAGAGAAAGUCGCCUAACACAAACUGUGCGUCGGCGCGCCGGCGUGAACGCGCCGGUGCGGCUCCGGUGCUGCGUGAAACGAUGACUAGUACGCGUCCAGUGACGUCAGAAGAAACCAUGAAGCACGCCGAAGAUACCUUCGUGACUGAUUUUGGGACAGCAGCCCCCAAAGCGCUGCAAGAUGUAGAGAAACAGGAGCAGACGACGCCGAGCGUAGCCGCAGAGGCGCGACUCGACGCAGAGGCGCAUUCACGGUGCCUCGCUGGGGCCAGUGCUCGGCUACUGCAGCGAAAUGAAACAGACACCCAGACUCAUGACUCUGGGCUGGAGGGUAUUGACUGCCCCAAGUCGCCCGAAAAAACGUACGCGCUUCCGAGCGAGAAGCCGGACCCGGACGACGCCCUUCUGCCACAGGGCACGCGUGUGCGCAUCAUCGGCAACAAUCGGACCAAACCAAAGUGGAUCGGUCUAGAGGGUUCCAUUGAAAGCGGAGCACCCAUCGGAGGCUGGCACGUGAUCUGUCUCGACGAUGGUCGACGGAUUCGUGUUCAGCGGAACGCUAUCCAGGCUAUCGAUAUCCCUACAGGGGCCGUUUUCGUAGAGACAGCCCCGGGUUUGAAGCUUAAGCGCGAGCGCUCGCGCCCUAGAACGGGCCGAGACCCUUUGGAUACGAAUCCUUCUUCGCCGACGUUUAGCGCGGUGACGCCGAACCACGGACUCCACUGCUCGCCGAUGACGAAACCUUUGCUUGGGUCACCGGUGCUGAAUCGAGCGAAGCUUUCCUGGACGAGUCCCGAAGAUCUGACCAGUUGUGCACCUCCUAUGCCGUCUGCGCAACAUGGCGAGCACUGGCGAUACGGUACGGAGCCAUCGCAACAAGUCCAGCGUCCGGAGGUGCUGGGUCCUGGGGCCGCUGUAUCUCGCCAGGACUGGCCCCCAGCGGAAGCGGCCACGUUGAUGCGAUGCCCCGAGUCGCCUGGGGCAGAUUCACUUGAGUUUCACCCCAAUGCGGGCGGGUCCCUUGGGGUGACGAUCAGUCGGCUCAAUGCGAAGGCAUUGCGUCGAUAUUCAAAACGAUUUGGGCUUCCACUGCGCUCGGAUGUGAGCCGUGCCCAGCUGGUGCACGAAGUUCAAUCCCAUUUCACCCAUCUGGAGGUGGACGAAGCGGCUGCCAUUCGUGAUUUUCUCUUGACGCUGCACAAAGGCGGAAAUUAUAGAGAUCAACAAAAGCUGGGUCCAACGCUGACACCAACGAAACGAACACGACCAGAUGCGAAGCGUUGCGUGAAUCAUGGCGGUGGUGACGCACCAGCACGGUAA